CAGCAGUGCUCCAUUCGUGAAAUCACAGUGUUUGACAUCAGCUUAUGCGCCGGACGGCUUUUGAACUUCGUGGAAAUCAAGCAAAGCACCCCCUUCAAGGUUUCAACCUGGCGCGGUUGCUGGUCAUAUAUAUAGUUGUGCGGCUCAAGCUCUCAGAAUUUGCUGGCACGCUAGAGCUUCUCAGCCCAUUUCGAUUUGAUUCUCAGCCGCUUGUCAUGGAAUCCCGCCUCAGAGUGUUGGGCAAUCCAGUUGAACAUUGGCAACACGCCUUGCUGUUCUUGAACCAUGCUCAAAUGGUGCGCUUAAAGAGAGAUGUACAGAACACGAUGACGAUGAUGUACAACUCUACCAUCGAUAAAUGCCGCACCCUUGCAGGAAAGCAAGGCAGUGGCAACAAGCCUGGAUUUUGUUCCGUGCUGCCGGCACUGCUGGCUUGGUCGAUUUGUUAACCUUCAGUACUGCAAUCUGUGCUGCUGCGCCUGGUGCACAGUGGCAGCAUGCCAUGGCACUCUUGCAGGAGCUCGAAGGACUGGCAACCCUUCAAUUGGAGGCCGACAUUGUCCUGCAUAACUCGGUUAUCAGCGCCUGUGGAAGAGCAAAGCAGUGGCAGAGGGCCAUACUCCAUCUCAAUUUGAUCGAAGAAAGCCGGCUGGCGUUGGACGAUGUAUCUUUUGGCGCAGCUGUUGACGCAUGCACUAAUUGGCAGUUGAUGUUGUUGUUGUUGGAUGAUUUGGCAAGUCGAGCACUUGAAGCGACCUUGAUCACACUAAAUGCUGCGAUGAGCACGUUCGAGAAGGCAAAACAGUGGAGUCUCGCCUUGGACAUGUUAAAAGGUCUUACAGAAGGGCGUCUGGCUGAUGUGAUCACAUACAAUUCCGCAAUCAGUGCCUGUGAGAAGGCCUCUGAAUAUCAGCAAGCUAUAUGGCUCUUCGAGGACUUGACAAAAUGUCUGGUGCCUACUGCUGUCACUUACAGCGCAGUGAUCAGCUCUUGCGCAAAUGUGUCAGAAUGGCAGGCUGGGUUGAUGUUUUUGGCUGAGGCAGUUUCCAAACGUCCAAUGGCUAAUGUGAUCACUUUUAAUGCAGCGAUCAGUGCAUGUGAAAAAUCUGGUCAGCAUGGGAUGGCCUUGGCAUUGUUGAGGCUGCUUCACUCUAUUUAUUUGCAGGCAGAUGUGAUCACCUACAGUGCCUCCAUUGGAGCCUGUGAUAGAGCUGGCAAGUGGCAAUGUGUUUUCCAACUUCUUACUGAAGCUCAGCUUUUCAAGAUCCAGUUAGGUUUGGUAGGAUACACUUCGGCCAUCAAUGCUUGUGAGAAGGCGGCCAAGUGGCCGGAAGCGUUGCAACUCCUUCAGCCAUGGACAGUCCUUUACAACACUACCAUAAGCACUUGUGAAAAGGCCUGCCACUGGCAAGUGGCCCUAGCCCUUUUACAAGAGCUUUCCUUGAAGCAACUGCUUCCUGACGUGGUUUCACACAGUGCAACCGUGUCUGCUUUGCAGAAGGCAGUGCAAUGGAUGCUAGCGUUACUCUUGCUGGACGACAUGGAUUCAUUCGCCGUGCGAGCAGAUGCCAUCACCAUUUGCGCAGUUGUCGAAAGUUGCCAGAUGGCCAAAAAAUGGCAUUUGGUACGGCGGCUUUUGAGUGAGUUAGAAAGUACCUAUGAAGAUCCCAGCCUGUGGAUUCCUUUGCAACAUAUUCAGCAUGUGGA